UGUAUGUGUUUUGUUUCAGCAACUGCCUUCUUUCCCAUCUGUUCGGUUUGCACCAAGCUCGCUGGCCGCUCCUUAGGGCUGGCGUGUGGCCGGGGCUUCUGAGCCAUGAACAGCCUCAGAGGUGCUAUCCUCUUGUGGGCACUGGUAGCAUGGGCUAAAACGGAUAAGUCUCUGGGUGAGACAGAUGAGACCAGAUUUCAAAAAUGCAAGAAUACCUUAAAACUACCUGUUCUGGAAGUCUUACCGGGAGGUGGCUGGGAUAACCUGCGGAAUGUGGACAUGGGACGGGUGAUGGACCUGACUUACAGGAGCUGCAGGACCACGGAGGAUGGACAGUACAUCAUCCCCGACCAAGUCAUCAGCAUCGCCCAGAAACAGACCAAUCUGGAGAUGAACUCCGAAGUCCUGGAGUCCUGGGUGAAUUACCAGAGCAGCACCUCCUACUCCAUCAACCUGGAGAUCUCCCUUUAUUCCAAGGUCAACGGCAAGUUCUCCUCUGAUUUCCAGAAGAUGAAGACCCUUCAAGUGAAAGACCAAGCCAUAACCACCCGGGUGCAGGUGAGAAACCUGAUCUACACAGUCAAAAUCAACCCGGCUUCAGAACUCAGCUGGGGCUUUAAGAAGGAGCUCAUGGACAUCUGUGACCGUCUGGAGAACAACCAGACACGGAUGGCCACCUACCUGGCAGAACUGCUGGUCCUCAACUACGGCACCCACGUCAUCACCAGCAUGGAUGCUGGGGCUGCUCUCAUCCAGGAGGACCACAUCAGAGCCUCGUUCCUGCAGGACAGCCUGAGCAGCCGUACUGCCCUGACCGCGUCCGCCGGUGCUGCCUUCCAGAACAUUGUGAACUUCAAAUUUGAGGAGAACUACACUUCGCAGAACACCCUCACCAAGAGCUACCUCUCCAACCGAACCAACUCCAUGGUGCAGAGCAUCGGAGGGCUUCCUUUUUACCCAGGCAUCACCCUCCAGGCCUGGCAGCAGGGCAUCACUAACCACCUGGUGGCCAUCGACCGUGCCGGCCUGCCUCUGCAUUUCUUCAUCACCCCCAACAUGCUGCCCGAGUUGCCGGGGCCGCUCGUGAAGAAGCUGUCGAGGACGGUGGAGGCUGCCGUGAGACACUAUUACACAUUCAACACCUACCCUGGGUGCACAGAUGUCAAUUCACCCAACUUCAAUUUCCAGGCCAACACUGACGAUGGCUCUUGCGAGGGAAAAAUGACCAAUUUCUCCUUCGGAGGAGUUUAUCAAGAAUGCACCCAGCUCUCUGGGAAGGAGUUUGUCCAACUCUGCCAAAACCUGGAGCAGAAGAAUCCGCUCACUGGUGAUUUCUCAUGCCCCUCUGGCUACUCCCCAGUCCACCUGCUGUCCCAGAUCCAUGAGGAGGGUUACAACCACCUGGAGUGUCUGAGGAAGUGCACCCUCCUCAUAUUCUGCAAGACUGUGUGCGAAGAUGUGUUCCGCGUGGCAAAGGCUGAAUUUAGGGCUUUUUGGUGUGUGGCCAGUGGGCAGAUACCAGAAAACUCAGGACUGCUUUUCGGGGGCCUCUUCAGUGGUAAGAGCAUAAACCCUUUGACGAAUGCACAGUCGUGCCCUGCUGGCUAUUUUCCACUGAGACUUUUUGAAAAUCUCAAGGUAUGUGCCUCUCAGGACUAUGAGUUGGGCUAUAGGUUUUCAGUCCCCUUUGGCGGGUUCUUCAGCUGUGCAGUGGGGAACCCCUUGGUGAAUGCUGCCAUAUCCGGAGAUUUAGAGUCACCUUCUCUAAGAAAGUGUCCCGGGGGCUUCAGCCAACAUCUCGCCCUCAUCAGUGAUGGGUGCCAAGUGUCCUACUGUGUCAAGGCUGGGCUGUUCACAGGAGGGUCUCUGCCCCCUGCCAGACUCCCACCUUACACCAGGCCACCCCUCAUGAGUCAGGCUGCCACCAACACUGUCAUGGUGACCAAUAGCGAGACUGCAAGCUCCUGGAUUAAGGAUUCCCAGACCCACCAGUGGAGGCUGGGGGAGCCGUUAGAGCUACGCAGGGCCAUGAGGGUCAUCCAUGGGGACAGCAGCGGUCUGUCGGGAGGGGCGGCAGCUGGGGUCACAGUGGCAGUCACUGCUGCCCUGGCAGCCACCGUCACCCUGGCCAUCUACGGCACCCGGAAAUACAAGAAGAGGGGAUACCAGGCAUUGGAGGACGAGACGCAGAGUUUGGCUGCGGGCACGGCAGCACCUGGAGAUGUCCCCGACCGAGAGCAGGAGCAGAGUCCAGCCUAAAUUUCUCCCAGGAAACAUUUCUCUCAUCUCUGGCCAGAACCACAAGCAUGCCUCUCCUUCCUUCUUUCUCCACUUCUGCCUGAGGACUGCAGCAGCAGGUGCAACAAAAGGCAGGUAUAACUAUGUGACUUCCUUAGGGCCCUGGGCCAGGAAAUGAACAGAGAGCUCUGUGGACAGGGGUUGGGGUGGGGGAGGAGAGCACAUGUGACUUUUUAAGCAAAAGUCAUCAGGGGUAGGGGCUAAAACACAAAGAGGGUGUCUUUUCUCUGUGUGCAUCAUGGAUUAUCUUCAUCUGAAUAUAUGUGAAAAGAGAGGAGGGAGCAUGUUAAUAUUUGGAUUUGGAGACCAUGCGUUUAAUCUGAGGUCAGCCACAGUUUCCAAUUCACGAGCUAUAAGAAUUUCUGCCUGUACGUGUUACCCUCCCUCUGUUCUGUUUUGGUUUUUUUGUUUUGUUUUUAAUCUCUCUGGAUUUCAUGCUCCUGGAGGCUGAAUGAUCCCCUGGAAGACCCAGGAGGUCCCAUGUGGCCUCUCAUUUUCAGCAUAGAGGGCUCUGUACUGAUGGACUGGGUCCUUACAACUGUAUCUAAACAGAAAGAUGUUGUCUCUCCUAAGUCCAUGUUUUCCAACUUUCCAACCACAAUUCAGACUUACUCCGACCAGACCACUCUUGGCCUUCAGACUAGUGUCAUGAAGUCCUCAAAAACAGAUGUUAACUUAUAAUCUUCUAUUAGGAGGUCAAGGGAGAAGGGAUGGUUUGGAGAAAAGGCAUGAAGAAAGAAAGGGUGAAAAUUGGAAACGAUCCUGGUGCUCAGGGUAACUGGAAUUCUUACCCAUAACCACCUACCUGGCUUAUGGAGCUGCAGAUUUGGGUAACACAAGCGUUCCAUUUUCUCAGCCUCUGUUACCAGAGUACCGUCCUUUCUUUUUCCAUGAGUGGUCCUUCCCCUUCCUGUCCUUGUAUCACGGGUACACAUCCCCAAAUACACACGUGCACAUACCUCCACAACCCCCCUCCCCCGGCCUCCUAGCACACACACACACCCCAAACACAACCCCACUCCCAAGUCCCCCAAACACACACACCCCAAACACACACAGAGCCAUAGACACGCACACACACACACACACACACACCACAUUCCAACAAAAAGUCUGCAUUUCUCUAGGGGUGGGAGAUAAGGAAAAAUGCAAAAAAGUCAAAGUAAGCCCACACCCAAGUAUUAUUUCCUCCCUAAAACCAAAACAGAGUAGAAAGUACCAAUUAUGUAUCCUACCUUUGUUUUUUGUUUUUUGUUUUUCCAGCAGAAAAGGGACUGAUAUGAUCAAAUCCCUGUUUUUAAAUGAAGCAAAAAAAAGGCACCCAGCACCCUCUGUGACACAUGUAUUUCAGUCCCAGGCUGACUUCCCUCAGGCAUCUAGAGGGAUGCAUGCCUGUUACCUGGCAUUUGGGGCUUUGCCCAAUUGUAAUACCAAUCUUACUGAAUUAUAAUGAAUAGGGUGAGUCUAUUAAUACUUCUCUGCAACAUCUUUUUUCUAAUUUUCUUUUUUAUUAAGUAAACUCUACCCUCAAUGUGGGACUCCAACUCAUGAUGCUGAGACCAAGGGUCACGUGCUCUACUGACAGAGCCAGCCCCUCCUCCACAACCUUUUUAAUAGUUACACAACUCUUCACCAAAUCCAAUGUCAUUAAUGAGCUCAUUUCCAUGAAGGAUAAUCUGUCCUCACCUCAACAUUCACAGUCGAGAGCUUAGGUUCACAUAAGUCCUGAGGAGCCUGAAGAUCCCAGCCUGUGGGAAGAUGGGAAGGAGGUUCCUUGUCUGCCUCCCACUGUGAAUAUCAAGCGAAUCACAGAAGGUGAGCCCUGCCCCCCCACCCCCCACCGCCAGCCACAGGCACUGAUUUCUACAUCCUCUUCUCUGAACCCUGCCUCUUAAGCAUUAAAAUAUUCUCUUAAACCUCUGGGUGUUUUGUGGGUAAAUUUCAGCUGAGCUAACCACUUUUCUGCAAAUUCCCCAUGAACCCCUUGAAGAUUACGGAGCCUGAGAGACAACGGUCCAGCUACAGGCUGCCAGACUUUGCGCUAACUGCCCUUGGAAAUAAAAGUUCUUCACAAAC